UGGCCAUAAUGCACAAACUCAUUCCAUCAAACGAAGAAGAAAAAACAGGCGAAGAAGAAGGCGGUGGUCAGCUACAAAUUGAUAGAGCAGAGAAGAUAAGAUAAGGCUAUAACUGGAAGGUUUUGGCCAAUAAUGAGGCUGUGAACGCUUCUGUGGACCUAAUCGAAACUGCAGCAAACAUGCAGCUUAACUGAAGAAAGCACAAUGCUCGGAUACUGUGACACUUCCAGUGCCUACUGACCACAUGCCGUGGAGCCAAAGCAACAAGCCGACAACUAAUUGUUAGCCUUCCAUCUCAGGAAGCCAAACCUCAUUUGACACUGCAGACUGUGUUUGUUCUCCUAAGGAGCUGUCUUCUUCUCUACCAUGGUGGAUAACCGGUACGCCACAGCUCUGGUUAUCGGCUCCGUGCUGAGCCUGCUGGCCACAGUGUACCUCUCCGUGGCUGUGGGGACUCAGCACUGGUAUGAGUACAAUACCCCAGAAGUUAAUAAUACAACGCACAGCGAACCCGUAUACCCCAACGGCACUCGGGCACUAUGGUGGAGGUGUAUCCUGGUAGCCAGCCCCUCAUACUGGUUCAAAUCUCCAGAUCGGAAGAUGGAAACCCGCUGUUCAAGCUUUAGUCUUUCUGAUCAGUUAGGUACAAAGUAUAAACCUGGAAAUGAGGAAGAAGAAGACCUGCUAAGAACAUACUUGUGGAGGUGCCAGUUUCUGCUGCCCUUGGUGUCUCUGGCACUGGUGUUCCUCAGUGUCCUCGUUGGGGUCUGUGCCUGCUUGUGCCGCAGCUUUACCCCGACCUUCUGUGUGGGAGUGCUCCAUCUUCUUGCAGGUCUGUGUUCUCUGGGCACCGUCUGCUGUUUCCUGGCCGGGGUGGAUUUGGUCCACCAGAAUUUCCCUCUGCCUGAUGGGGUGGAGGGCACUUUGGGCUGGUCUCUUUACCUUGCCCUCAUAUCCUUCCCUCUGCAGAUGAUGGCAGCUGCUCUGUUCCUGUGGGCGGCCAAAAGUCACCGCAAAAAUUACACUCGCAUGACCGCUUACAGGGUAGCGUAAAAGAGAGACUGACAAUCAUACAGUUUAAGACAGCUUACGGGUUUCAUUACAUCCUCAGAAAAUGGUUUCCUGUUAGGAGAGGAUGUAACUAGGAUAAAGGGUGCUUUUCACUUCAUCUGUAACAGAAUUUUCAUACUUAAAAAAAGGAAAAAAAAAAUUUACAGUAUCUCAGACCUGUAGAAAGGAGUGUUGGUUUAAUACCAUUUGAGUUAUUUAACCAGUGCUUUUUCUUGCAUUUCUAACCUGUGUUUUACCCAAAGCAUGUUCUUAAUGGUUUUAAUCUUUAAGGGUUGCAGAUCACUUACUAUUUCUGGUGUAAACCAUGUUUUUUUGUGCAUUAUUUUAUUGCCUUCUUUUUGGUUGCCAUUUUCUUCUGAAGCUGCUCACCACAUUGCCCUUAACUUCACACCUGGAGUUAUCCAGGACAUGGUAGCUUUCUCUGUGCAUGAAAAAAUAUUAAACAAGAGUUUAUUUUAUUUUAUUUGUUUUACUUUUUUUUUUUUUCUGCAGUUCUGUUUUUACAUAAUUUAAAAUAUCCAGCCUGUGCAUGCCUUUUCAUCAUCGUCUGUGGUGAUUGUUCAUUUCAGCCUGUGGUAUUUUCUAAGUGUCAUCACAAAUGUGACCACUCAUCUGUCGCCUGUGUUUGUAGAUGUAUUAAUUUAGUUAGUUUGAAUAUUUAAAAAGACAAACAAAAAAGCUAAAGUGAUGCCACACAAACCUGUGACCUUAAGCCCCAAAUGAUCUGCUAUACUGCCAUUUUACACAGGGUUUGCUGCUCAACACCACCUCAAUGUUUGCAGGCUGGAGUUUAAGUCGGUUCUCCCAUCCUUUCAAACAGUUACUUGUCUGACGGCUUUGGUAAGCUUUCAGAUGUUUACUGUUGAUACAGUAUGUCAGCGUUUCAGUGUGACUUUUUAAAAUAACAAUCAAAUUUUCCAAAAAGUUCAAAUCCUCUUGAAUCUGUGACCAUUUACACAUUUUUGUGUGUACAAAAGUCCAAAAUGAGUAAUAUGUCAGCACUGAACAAAACAAACUGUAAUGUUUUGUGUCAGAAUGAUUUGUUACAUGUCUGACGUGUAUACACUCUGGCUUUUUGUAAAUGUUUUUAUGUAUCCAGAAGCACACUGUACUGAUUAUGUCUUAAUAAAUUUGGCAUUUGCUGACUUUUA